AUAUUGAAAUAAUUUUUUAAUUCAAUAUAAUACAAUUAUGAAGUUUACACUAGUCAUAGCAUCUAUACUAUUGUGCCAAUGUUUGGCCGAAAGUCAUCCGUGGGAUCCACAGCCCAGGGAUGCCGGUUGGCUGAAACGACACGAGAAACUACUCGAACAGACAAGACUUCAUAAAACAGAUGAACAGUUGGUUUUUGUCGGCGAUUCCAUCACAGAGGGCUGGGCUGGUAAUGGACACAACGUAUGGGCCCAACAUUACACACCAAGACAUGCCUACAAUUAUGGCAUCGGUGGUGACAGAACAGAGCACGUCAUCUACAGAAUCCAGAACAAAGAGUUUGAUGAACUGAAACCCAAAGUAACGGUUCUCAUGAUUGGUACCAAUAAUAUCGCAUCCAAUACUAUUGAAGACAUCGCACACGGAGUCAAUGAGACAGUUAGAGAAUUAUUGGGCAAAAUGCCAGAAACCAAACUUAUAUUGUUGGGUGUCUUACCUCGUGCUGAACCGUUGGGCACUAAAUGCAAACAAUUGAAUACAUUGAUCAAGAAGUUGGACAAUCAGAAGAACGUCUUCUGGCACGACAUGUGGUUGGACUUUGAGUCCGCCGACGGAAAGCAAAAGACUGAUCUCUAUGUGUCAGACAAACUGCAUCUCAACGAAAAGGGAUAUCAAGUUUGGCAACAAUCCACUGAAGCCCUUAUCAGCAAAUUAUUUAAAUAAUUUUUAUAUUUUYCUAAUUAAUAAUAAAAAU